CGGAACACUUAAUCACUCACUACACGAAGCAGGGGGACGGGAAUAACUGUUACACGCCAACGAAAUGUGAACAUUGAAGGUUACCCUGAGGCCCACAGAGUGAGAGAGUCAACCGCGAUGGCCUCCCGCCGCGUGCCGCUGGUGUUGUUAGCCUGUGGCUCUUUCAAUCCAAUCACCAAUCAGCACAUGAGGCUGUUUGAGCUGGCCAGGGACCACAUGCAAAGCACAGGCCAGUACAAGGUGGUGGGGGGCAUUGUGUCUCCAGUGAGUGACGGCUAUGGAAAGCAAGGCCUGGUCCCUGCAAAGCAUCGCAUCGCUAUGGCAAGGCUGGCCCUUCAGAGCUCUAACUGGGUCACAGUUGAUGAAUGGGAGAGCCAGCAGCCAGACUGGACGGAGACGGUGGUCACCAUGAGGUAUCAUUAUGGGCGGAUUCUGAAAGAAUAUGAGCAGAGCAGAGGAAUGCACAGUGACUCCAGUAGAAACUUUGCUCCCCCCUCAAGCCCAUCACCCCAGCUAAAGCUGCUGUGCGGCGCCGAUUUCCUCUCCACCUUCAAGAUCCCGGGCUUGUGGCUGGAGGACCACGUGGAGGAGCUGGUCAAGCGUUUUGGCCUGGUGUGCGUCAGUCGAGGGAGUUUGCUGCCCGAGCGGGCGGUGCACGAGUCCGACACCCUCUUCCGCCACAGGGAAAACAUUUUCCUGGUGAGGGAGUGGGUGAGGAAUGAGACAAGCGCCACAGAGGUCCGCCGGGCACUGAGACGGGGUCUGAGCGUGAAAUACCUGAUCCCUGACUCUGUGUUAGAGUACAUUCACCAGCACAACCUCUACACCGAGGACAGCGAGAGGAGAAACGAGGGCACAGCGCUGAGACCGCUUAUCAAACAAGCUCAUCAGCCGAUAAAGAGUCUGGAUGACGGACGAGGAGGAGUUGCCAUGGCCGAGAGUGGGAGGAAGAACCUGGUGUGGGACAUCAGGAAAAGCCUGCUUACCUUGUCAGCCAAGGAACUCUUCGAGGUCGCCAAAGAUGUGGGUCCAGCUGCAGGACAGGACCAACCCGAGCUCGAAGAGGGAGACCAGGAGGGUUGCUUCGACUACAUCAGUUCUUUCAUGUACACACAAAGCACAGAGGUGUGUUUUGUUGUUUUUAUGGUGUGUUGUUUUGGCAUUAUUUGUCUAUCUGCAUGCUUCAGGUUCCCCUCAGUGCCGCAUACACUCAGGGGAUUGAGACAUUACACGGAUUAUCGGCCGUGGGAGGCAAAGAGGGAGCGGCCGCGCACAGCUCUGCGGACCUCCCUGACCUCCAGUCUGAGCGGAAAAGCCGCAGAAGAAAGCGCCGAGAUGCCUGUUGAUCUGAACGGAUACUGGAAAAUGAUUUCCAAUGAAAACUUUGAGGAGUACAUGAAGGCGCUGGAUGUGAAUGUUGCCAUCAGAAAAAUCGCCCUGUUCCUGAAGCCCGACAAGGACAUCGUUCACGACGGGGACCACUUGGUCAUCAAGACCCUCAGCACCUUCAAGAACUACAACAUGGACUUCUACGUGGGCAAGGAGUUUGAGGAGGACCUGUCAGGGGUCGACGACAGGAAAUGCACGACCACCGUCAACUGGGAGGGAGACAAACUGGUGUGUGUUCAGAAGGGAGAGAUUGAAGGAAGGGGCUGGACCCACUGGGUGGAGGGGGAUGAGCUUCAUCUGGAGCUGAGAGCUAAAGGCGCUGUUUGCAAGCAGGUUUUCAAGAAAACCUAAACUGGCCCUCUUAGCCAUACAGACUGCUCCAACAGAAACUGGCUGUGGGAGACACAUCACUUGCACCUUACACUACAACCUCCAGCAUGCUUUGAUCCUGCUACCAUCCUGUUAUGCACAAACAACACACGUUUAUCUUUAAUUUGAGUUGUUGCCUUAGUUAUCAGGACAGGUAGGCAUGAAACCAUGCAGCAAUGCUGUGUUAUUGUCUCAGGGCAGAUGAUUCGAUAAGCAGGUUUAGAUGAGCUGAACACAUGCACGCUGACAGCUGCGGCUGAGCUGAAAGUUGGCAAAGACCGAGAAAAUUAUGAGAUUUAGCGGAAUGCUAUAAUAUGGUAGUUCUUUAGGAAAUUGCUCUGAAUAUAAACCGAUGACAUCUGGUUGACCAAUUUGAUCAGUCCCCAGAAUAAACAUCAAACAAGAUGGGUGCACGGCAUGUAUUUCUCUCAAGUCCUUUGGAAGUGGACGACUGAUAUUAAUGGGAAUUAAUCAAUAAAUGAAG